GUAAGGCCGUACGCGCAGUCAGAAGUGCAAGGUGGUGUGUGUUUGGUUGAGGGGGUGGGAUCAGUCCAGUGGGCUCUGUGUUCAGCCGGGAGGACCGGUUUCAUCUGACAGCUCUGAGGUUCUCUGGUAGCUGAGUGACGCUAAGAUCAGAGAUCCCAGCUUUCCCAGAGGGAUGGCGGGCGGCAGCGGGGAAUGGCAGAAGGUACAGCGGAAGAAGGGGAGAAGCCGGCCCAGGCGGUGGGGAGGACAGGGACAGCAGGGUAACUGUGUCCUGGACGAUGCACCGGACACUCGGCAGCUCCGAGAGAGGAUCACCGCAGCCAUGAAAGAGCUGAGGAUUGAGGAUUUCUGGCAGGUGUGGAGAGAGCUGCUUGUAAACAGCCUGUCCAGCGAUCCCCCAGCUGAGCUGGGCAGCGGCAGCUCUCCUUCCCAGGACAAGGAGAGUGCGUGCUCUUCACACCCAAAGCGCGAGGGCGCUGUCUGUGCCGCGUCGGAGCUGGACUGCGUGUGUUACGGGCUAGGCAACUUCUCCUCCUGCGUCUCCUCCCGCUACCAGCUGGCUCUGCUGCUGCUGCUCCUAGAGAGCCUGCAGGUGCCGCCCCAGCGCUGCUGUGUGUAUGACCCGGUGUUCUCGGCGGCAGAGACCAAAGUUCUGCAGGCCCUGGGGCUCACUGUGCUCACGGAGAACGAGGAGGGGAAGCGGCUUGUGUACAGACCCACCCUCUUCUACCUGAUUCACUGUGGAAAAGCACUGUAUAACAACCUGCUGUGGAGAAACUGGAGCACUGACAGCCUGCCCCUGCUUACCAUAGUCGGAAACAGUUUCUGUGGCAUUCAGGAGAGCACGCUGGAAAGAGUCCUCAAGAGAGAUUAUACCUACAUCCGGGACAUUAUGAGAGCAUGUGAGGAGACACCGCUACCCUGCCCCCCCCGACUUCUGGACGUCUUCAACAACACCGUUCUCUUGCGUUUCCCUCCGGAGCUCCUGGCUUCCCUGCCCUCUGACACCUGGGCUGACCCCCCCGAGCCGGACUACCAGCACUGCCCGGACCUAGAGAUCAUACAGGCUGCAGGGGCGCUGCAGGGGGCAGGAGGGGGCGGUGGGCAUCCCAGCACCGGCUUCAGGGGCGCCCCAGGACCAGCGCCGGCUUCAGGGGCACCCCAGCACCAGCCAUGCUGCGCUGUAGGACACAGUGCGCCUCUGUCUCAAGGCUACACAAGCGUCGGCACUGGGCAUGGCAACCAAGUCUGAAUCCCACCACGUUUCCAGAGAAUUCUCCCUCUUUCUGCUGGGUAACUUACAAGGAGCUAGCAGAACCUGUCAUAGCUGAGACUGAGCUGCAGGGAGACAGGCUGGUUUUAAGUAAUUAUUUAUUGAAAACUUGCACCCAAAAAGUAUCAGAUAGAAAAGGGCAUUCACCCCUCUCGGCACAUCUCCGUGAAAAGACCUCCCAAGCAGUACAGGCGGCAGGCCGGGCAGUGGA